AUGAAAGGAUUAUGCAAGUGGAUCGAGGACAAGGUAAAUGAAGGAGAACAAUGGGCACUACCAUCUCAGGUGAGGAAAAUAGUCCCACCUAAGGUGAGAUUGCUAUUUUGGCAGGGGUGUUACAACAAGAUAGCUUGCAAACAAAAUCUUCUGAGUCGUGGGGUUUCUUUGGAGGACAAUGGCCUCUGCUCGCUAUGCUCCCAAGCUCCUGAAACUGCUGAUCACCUUUUCCUACACUGCUUGCUGUCUUGGAGCAUGUGGAGUGACAUAGUAAAAAGAGAAGGCGUUGCUUGGGUACCUCCAAACUCCCUGGUUGAUUUAGCCAAACAGUGGGAUUUCCUUUGUGUUAAUUCAGACCCUAUCUUAUGGAAAUUAAUCCCUUAUUCUCUGGUUUGGUUCCUAUGGGUCAGAAGAAACGAGUUGGUAUUCAAAGAUAAAGCCUUCAACAGAGAAAAAGUUUGGGAUAUGCAUGUUAUGCAAAUUGGAUGGUGGGUGAAAGCUAAAUGGAAGGACUGCCCUUACAACACUGAACAAUUUAACGCAAAUUUCUGCAAUAUAAGAAUGAAAAUGACUGCAGUGAGUGUAAGGACAACAACUUGGCAACCUCCAACGCUAGGUACUCUCAAAUUUAAUGUUGACGGUGCUUCUUAA